AUGCCUGAGUUUGAUCAGUUUAAGGCCACGCCGGCCAAUGGCCAUAUCGUGUCCCCCAAGGACUUUGUGAAUAAUGAUAAGGUGAAGUUAUCAGGGCGUAUCCUCAAUGUCAUGACUACUUUGCCAACACAAAUAGUCAGCCUGUUUGAUGCCGAACGUGGCCAAUAUGUUUGGGAUGUUGAAACUUUGCGUGGAAACUCAGCAUUGUUUUCGUCACAAGCUUUUCUACACCAACAUUCCGACUGGGAAACGCAUUUGGUUGCAUGGACGGGAGAGUUGAAAAAUAAGCUGAAAAAUACCGUGAAUUUAACAGCCGAUAAUUUGCAGGAUGAUCCAUUGUACCUUGACCAGGACGAUAAAGAAGAAAUUGAGCUCAAGUUGCAAAAGGCCAUUGGAAACAAAAACAUACAUCCCGUGUGGUUGUUGAGACGCGACCAAGAAAGAUGGAGAAGAUAUGCCGAAAAUGUAAUUUGGCCAGUGUUUCAUUAUUUUGAAGGCUCUCCUUCAGACGGCACAGACAAGAUCGAUGCAUGGCAUGAUUACGUCAAGUUCAAUGAAGCCUACUUGAAUAAGAUCAAACAGAUAUAUAAGCCGGGUGACAUAAUAUGGAUCCAUGACUAUUAUCUAUUAUUGUUACCGCUGUUGUUGAGAAUGGAAAUUCCAGACGCUUUCAUUGGACACUUUUUGCAUGUACCUUUCCCAUCUUCAGAAUAUUUCAAAUGCCUUUCCAAAAGAUCACAAUUAUUGGACGGUAUGUUGGGGUCGGAUAAGAUUGGCUUUCAAUCCGAGUCAUUCCAGAGACAUUUCAUAUCUUGUUGUGCAAGAGUGCUUGGGUGUGAAGUUACCAAGAAUGAAGUGUUUGCCUACGGUACAACCAUUUCUCUUGAAACCUUGCCUAUAGGUAUUGACACCUUGAAAAUUGAAAAAGAGGCUUUUUCAAAAACCAAUGGAGUUGAUGAAAAAGUAGCUGCAAUUCGAAGCUCGUAUAAAGAUAAAAAGAUAAUUGUUGGACGUGAUCGAUUGGACAAGGUGAGAGGCGUUCUUCAAAAACUACAAGCUUUUCAAAUGUUUCUCGAUAUGUAUCCAGAAUGGAGAGAAAAGGUGGUUUUGAUUCAAGUUUCAAGUCCCGGAUACCAACACUCUGCAAAUGUUGAGCAAAAGGUAGCCGAGUUGAUCAAUCAAAUCAAUUCAAAAUAUGGAACUCUCAACCAUACACCAGUAACACAUUAUCAAAUGAUGAUUCCCAAAGAGGAAUACUUGGCCUUGUUAAGAGUAGCCGAUUUGUGUUUGAUCACUUCGGUUCGUGACGGCAUGAAUACAACAGCUUUUGAAUUUGUAAUUUGUCAAAAGAAGAAUGCAUCCCCAUUGAUUUUAUCCGAAUUUACAGGAACAGCAUCGGUUUUGACUGACGCUAUCUUAGUCAACCCUUGGGACUCCGUGGGUAUUUCUAAAACAAUAAAUGAGGCCUUAUCAUUUAGCGAUGUUGAAAAGAAGCGUAUCGAAGACAAAUUGUACGAAAAAGUUUGCUCCAACACUAUACAAAAUUGGACAUCCAAGUUUAUAAGCGAGAUAAUAAAGCACUCUAUGGUUACACACACGAACCAUUACACACCAGCGUUGAAUAGACCUUUGCUACUUAAAAACUACCAGGAGGCAAAAAGAAGAUUGUUUUUGUUUGAUUAUGAUGGCACUUUGACUCCAAUUGUGCAAGAUCCUGCUGCGGCAAUUCCUUCUGAUAAACUAAACAGGGUGUUGGAUGUUUUGACUAAAGAUCCCAAAAAUCAGAUUUGGAUUAUCUCGGGAAGAGACCAAGCAUUUUUAGAGAAAUGGAUGGGUCAAAAACACAUUGGUUUAUCUGCUGAGCAUGGAUGCUUUGUGCGUGAUCCUGGUACAACAAAAUGGUUCAACUUGACCGAGAAAUUUGACAUGUCCUGGCAACAAAAAGUCAAGGACGUUUUCAACAACUACACUGAAAAAACUCCUGGAUCCAAAAUUGAGAUAAAAAAGGUUGCCAUUACUUGGCAUUACAGAGGAGCAGAUCCAGAGUUGGGUCGAUACCAAGCCGAAAAGUGUGUGAAAGAGUUAGAAAACACAGUUGCUAAGGAAUACGAUGUUGAUGUUAUGGCAGGAAAGGCAAACAUUGAAGUACGUCCUAAAUUUGUCAAUAAAGGUGAAAUAGUCAAAACUUUGGUUUUGCAUCCCCAUGGAGCCAAGCAAGCUGUUGAAGAGAUUCUUGAUGAACACAUCAUUAAGCACGGUGACGAUAAACUUCCAGACUUUGUUUUAUGUGUAGGUGAUGACUUAACUGAUGAGGACAUGUUCCGCUCGCUACUUAAAAUUGAGAAUCAAUGGAAAUUGAAUAAUAGAACAAAGAAUAUUUUUGGUUCAUAUGGUGUGUUCCCUGUUGCAGUAGGUCCAGCAUCUAAGAAGACAGUUGCUACUUCUCAUUUGAAUGAACCUGCACAAGUAUUGGAGACUUUGGGAUUGUUAGCGGGCCAAGUGUCAUUAUUUGAGAGUCCAGGAACAGUAGAGUUAGACGAUAGAGGACAUCUCGCUAAUAGUGAGAGUUCAACGAGAUCAAAGGACUUAGUUUUGCAAGCUUCAUUAAGAAAAAAGAAAAGCGCAGAAUUGAUUGGAAAAUCACCUAUAGAGGCGGCAAAAUAUUCUGCUGCUGUGUGA